CUAAUUAUAUAUGAAUAGUCUACUCCUGAAGGAAAUCCCCAAGGUCUAAACGAAACCGAAACUAUCUCAUAUCAUCGAGAGGAAAAUGCGAAUGUGAAAGAGUCUAACAUGGACUAUACGUUGUCGUCUCCGAUAAAAACACGUAUUCCUCCUUUAUUCUUUGUCUGUGUUUAGAAAUAAAUAAACGUCGCGUGAUGGAGCUCAAACUGCAGUAUGUUAAAGCGCUGCUCAUGGAUCUGGUGAUGAGCUGUGUGCUACAUUACAGCUCAAACGCGUUUAUAAAGAGUAGCUGCAGUGUGUUUCUCGUUGCUCAGCUGUGGCUCGUGGCGGCUGUGAAGUGGAUUUGUCUCCGGUGUUUUCUGCUCGGCAGCUGGAGUGAGGUGACCGUGCGGCGCUGUGUGGCCGUGUCGUGCUUGAUGUGUCCGGUUUAUGAAAGCGGCCUCACGCUCCUCAUGAACACUCAGCCGGAAAACUGGAGCGGUUCUCUGUCUUGCCCUGGAAAAACUAUUGCUUCUACAGCUGCAACACUUAUAGCGUGUUUGUUCUGGGAAGUAAGCUUUCCAAGCGCUAAAAGCGCGACUGAUGAAGGCUCAGAAAGCGCGGAGAAGAAGCAGAGAAACCGGGCGCUCUUCAUGCGAGUGGUGCGUUACUCCAAACCCGAUGCGCCUCUGCUGAGUGGAGCCUUUGUUUUUCUCUCUCUGGCUGUCAUAUGUGACAUGUUCAUUCCAUUCUACACGGGAAAGGUCAUAGACAUCCUGGGAGAAGAGUACUACCAACCAAACAGCUUCAUGUCAGCAAUCUUUCUAAUGGGUCUCCUCUCACUGGGCAGCUCUUUGUCCUCUGGGUUGCGUGGAGGUCUGUUCAUGUGCACUCUGUCCAGCCUGAACAAGAGAGUUCGCCUCAUGCUCUUUAAUGCUUUGGUCAAACAGGAGAUAGGAUUUUUUGAGGAUAAAAAGACCGGGGACUUGACAUCACGUCUAUCUACCGACACCAAGCUCAUGAGUCAAUCAGUGGCGAUGAAUGUGAACAUCCUCCUGCGCAGCUUGAUCAAGAGUGUCGGUGUCCUGUAUCUGAUGCUCAGCCUGUCCUGGAAACUCACCCUGCUCACGUUCAUCGAAACCCCGCUGAUUGCCAUCACUCAAAAGAUUUACAACACACACUAUGAGCAAUUAUCAAAAGAAGUUCAGGACUCGGUGGCCAGAGCCAAUGAGACAGCAGGAGAAGCGGUUGCCGGGGUGAGGACUGUACGCAGCUUCCACAUGGAACAUGGUGAAGCCUGUCGUUAUGACAACCGAUUGACAGACACUCACAACCUGAAGACUCGCAGAGAUACAGUGAGAGCAGUCUACCUGUUAGUGCGACGGGUGAUGUCAUUAGGCAUUCAAGUUCUGAUAAUGUACUACGGUCGUCAGCUCAUCAAAUCAGGAUGCAUGAGUACAGGCAACCUUGUGUCCUUCAUCCUCUACCAGGGUAACCUGGGAUCAUACAUUAGGAGUCUUGUCUACAUGUAUUCUAACAUGCUGAACUCUGUGGGUGCAGCCGCUAAAGUUUUUGAGUACUUGGACAGAAAGCCUUUAGUGAGCAUCGAUGGAAGUCUAAACCCUGAAACCCUGGCUGGACACGUCCACUUCAACAACCUCACCUUCUUCUACCCAACUCGACCUGAUCAACCAGCUCUCAAGAACUUCUCUGUGGAGUUGAAGCCGAGUCAGAUGACGGCUCUGGUGGGAAUGUCAGGAGGGGGGAAGAGCACCUGUGUGAGUCUCCUGGAGGGAUUCUACCAACCUCAGCAGGGACAGAUUCUGUUAGACGGACAACCACUGCAGAACUACCAGCACAAGUAUUUACACCAGAAGGUGGCCAUGGUGGGUCAGGACCCCGUGCUUUUCUCUGGCUCCAUCCGGGACAACAUAGCUUACGGUUUGACAGACUAUGAUCAGAAAAAGGUGGAGGAUGCAGCCAGAGAAGCCAAUGCCCAUGAAUUCAUCAGUCAACUAGAAAAAAGAUAUGACACAGAUGUUGGAGAGCGUGGUUGUCUUCUCUCUGGAGGUCAGAAGCAGCGCAUUGCUAUCGCCAGAGCUCUGAUCAGACAACCUCAGGUCCUCAUAAUGGACGAGGUCACCAGCAGCCUGGACACUGAAAGUGAACGCAUGGUUCAAGAUGCUCUGGCCCGUCAUCCCAACCAGACCUUGCUGGUGAUUGCACAUAGGCUGAAAACUAUUGAGAGGGCAGACCAGAUCAUUGUGAUUGACAAAGGGGAGGUUGUGGAGCAAGGGACUCAUCAGGAACUCAUGAAGAACAAAGGAAAUUACUAUAAACUGAGAGAGAGGCUCUUCACUGAGGAAAAAGAAGCUGAUGAGAAGGUGGACGAACAGGAAUGAGGUUCUUAAUCAUCUUCCAAGAAUACAUUACUGUUUAUAAAAAUUAGCAGCAUAACAGAAUUUGUUUCCUUUUAAUGUUUUGCUUUUUGUCAUCUUUGAG